GCGGCGGCGGCGGCGGCGGCCGGGCCCAGGCGCAGCCCCCGGCGCCAUGUGGUCCGUGCUCUGGGCGGCCGUGCGCUCCAAGGCCCCGUACGUCACCUUCCCGGUGGCCUUCGUGGUGGGGCUGGUGGGCUACCACCUCGAGUGGUUCCUCCGCGGCGACCCCCCGCCCACGGCCGAGGAGGAGAAGAGCAUCUCGGAGCAGCGGGAGGACCGCAAGCUGCAGGAGAUCGCGGGCAAGGACCUGACCAAGGUGGUGAGCCUGAAGGACAAGCUCGAGUUCGCCCCUCGGGCCGUGCUGAACAGGAACCGCCCGGAAAAGAGUUAAUCAAAUGGUUUGGGCAAACGCGGUGCCCUGGAGCGACUGGCCCCGGGGCUGGGGCCGGCCACUGGAGGGCUGUGACCUGCAGCACCGUGCUGGGGACUCCCCUGUCACCUGCACAUCUUCCACCAGCCUCCCUCCUGCACCGGGCUGUACCUGGGCAACAUACUGUGCCUGCUGCUGCUCUUCCCCCUCCCGGGAUCCUGUGGAGGGUCGGGCUUUGCCCACCCCACCGAUGCACUGGAGACACAGCAGCCAGACCUCCUUUGUGGCAGAGCGGGCAGGGAGCCAUGCUUUGGAGGUGGAGUGUGUCUGAAACUCAUCAGCUCGCAGCCUGUCCUGGCCCCUGAACCACAAAUCUCUCUCGGCCUGGUUCCACCGACAUCUCUUUAGGUUUGCUUUCUUCCACGGUGUGAAGAUAGAAGAAGCUUGGACCCGAGUGACGUGGGGUUGGGGUCAGGCUGCCAUCCUGCUUACAGCUCUCCUGUGGCUCUUUGCGAACCCCAACCACAGCACCACGCUACCGCAUUACACCCACGGGAGCCUGAGCAGUAGGGGAGAUCUCUGGGGAGCCCCUCUCUGCAUCGUCCCCGAGCUUCACAGUGAGGAAGGAGGACGGGGGGGAAGUGGAAGUCCUGGCCUUGCUUCCGCCAUGGAGCUCUGAGCGUGGCGGUGGCUUUGGGCUGUCAUGUAGAGAAUGGGGAGAUCUCUGCCCUGUACGGGAACAGCCAGAAUAAACUUAUGUCAGUCCUUGGG